AUGGCGGCCACGGGAAAAGGCCGACUUUCCCACUUCAGAUCGAAAUUGGAGGAGCUUGACUGCCCAUAUCUAGGUGGUGUGGAAGAUUCGUGGAUAGAAGAACUGUUGUUUAAACCUGGAGAACCAAGGUUGAGACUUUUGCAGUGGGCAAUAGGAAAAUUUGAUCCAGUCAUAUACAAUAUGUUGGAGAACCAGCAAAGCAAGGCUAUGGGCAGAAAUGACUCCAGAAUGCAAAAGCUGCUGUUUGCAUGUCACCUUAUAGGACUCUGUAAAAGUGAUGAUAUUGACCUUGUACAGGGUAACAAAUCUAAAAACAAACAAGCAGUGUUCUGGGAAAACCUGUUAGAUCUUGUUAGUAUUGUUGAGUCAUCAGGGCGGAUUAGUCAUUUUACCACCCCAGUGAGAACAGCCAGUUUACAGUCUGGAACUCACUUUUCUUUAGAAGAGCAAUUUAGAAGUGACUGCUACUUUUUUGAUGGUUUAUGUCGUCAAGAAGACCUUCAGAAUGUCUUUAGGUCAAAAGUUCAGCUUUAUCCUCCUGAUUUGAUGAAAACAACAUCUGGACUUGAGAACAAAAAAAUACCUGAUGAGAGGCAGUUGAUAUCAGUUACUGAAAAACUGGCAUGUGAAUUGGAAGAACAGAGCAAACAGCUGGAUGAGUUGAGAGAGAGUGCUCCAUUGUGUGAUGCUGAUACUGUUACAGUUGAGAAAGUGAGUAAGACAUUAUCACUGUCACUCACAACUAUGGCUCAAGUUGUGUCUGGAUUUCUUCAUUGCUUUGAGACUGAGAUGAAGCCAUGGUGUAAACGCCCAGCACCUGUCUUGUCAGAGGUUGGUCCAGCAUUCAGCAGAGUUCAUACUCUUUUAUCAAGAUACACAGAGCUCAUUCAAAACUUAGGAACAAUCAAGAGCUCAUACGGUAAAUUAUGCCAUGACAGUAAAGACAAAAUAUCUACAGGACAAAAAGACGAUACAGGGUUAAACCCUGCAGAAUUGAAAUCUCUCCAGGGUUGUUUGGGUGUAUUGGAAGAAUCAUUACAGCGACUCGAAGAAGAAGGAAAGUGACUUGUGCUGGCCGUGUUUUAAAGAAGCAAUAAGAAGAGAAGAAGGUUAUUUAGAUUCGGAUGGAGUAUCGAACAGUUUUCGGAUUGUUAUGAUAAUUGCUCGGUGAAAACUGAUGGGAAUUGCUUGAAACAAAUGCUCUAAGGAAUUCUUGUCUACCAGGAAGAAAGUUCUUUGUCAUUCUAAGGGUAAGAUUUGUGGCGGAUAGUGUAUAUACUACAUGAAAAGGAUAUUUAGUGGUUUGUGUUGGAUGAACAUAAAAUGCGCUUAAAUUGAAAAUUGAAGGCCUUUUCUUCAGACAUGGAUAAAAUUUCCCACCUCACGGGCACGGACAACGGUCAGAUGCCCGUGUGUUGUUCUGGAGGGGGGGUGUUGAAGCUUGGAAUUGAUCUGUACAUUAAUGCAUGGAUCCAGAAUGCGCUUGAACUGCAUAGUACGAAGGUGACAUUUCCCACCGACUCGACUUGCUUAUUCCCUUAUCAAUCGCCUUGUUUACUACCGAGCCUCUAAAACAGUUUUCAGGUUAUUUUUGCAUCCUUCGAACGCCUUCUAGAUUCUUUUCAUUAAAUUCCCAUUUACAGGGAAGUAGUAUUGAGGAGGGU